CAAUAAACUGCGUUAAACUUCUGAUCACCGCUUUAUUUUACACAUGCGUGUGCUCCAGCUCAGUGGAACAGAAGAUCUAUGUUGAGCUCAAUGAAACGGUUCCUUGUGUCCGACUGCUGAACGCCACGCAUCAGAUCGGCUGCCAGUCCUCUAUGUCUGGAGAUACUGGAGUCCUCCAUGUGCUGGAGACAGAAUCAGAUCUGGACUGGAUUCUCAGCUCAGGACCACAUCCUCCGUACAUAGUGAUCAUGGAGACGGCCUUCUUCAACAGGUCGGUCAUGAUGAGGAUGAAGAGCUCGUCCAGAGUGGCUGGAGUCGCUGUGAUCGUCUCAAAAACAGGCCUUGCUGAUAAUUUCUCACCUCACACGACCUGCCCCAACCAGAACACAGGUGAGUGUGAGAGUGAGAGAGA